UAAGAUUUUAUGGUGCGAUGAGGAGGAAUGAGAAUAAUAGUGAAAAUGUGAAUUUCAUAAUAUUGUAGCGUGAAAUACGGUAAUAACAAUGUUUUGUGUGUGAUUAUGUCUCAGAAUCCCUUAUAAAUAUGCAUAGAAAUCUUCUGCCGUUCGAAAUAUUCCGCCCUUUUCUCCCGGCUCGUCCCAUGAGAGGGGAUUGUGCUUUCCACUUCAGCGAUGUUCGUCAGAGUCCAUCUCCCUUCUCCUCUCACUCCCAAUUCCUAUUUCUCUCCUCAAUUCUCUUCUCCCUCAUUCUCUUCAAGGAUCUGCUCGGCUCAGAACCCUAGCUGCGCGGAUCGUUCCUUCGGCCUCCUCUCUUGCUCGAAAUCCACGGUGCCGUUUUCUCUGUUUUUGAGCCGGAAGCGGAGCUGCUGCGGGUUGCUGCAAUCCAGAUGCACCCUUGGUUCGUGCAGGGUGGCUUCUGGAAAUGAGAGUGCUGGAUCUGACGUGACCGAUGACGACGACAACGAGCAAUACACCCAGGCCUUGCUUCUCCUUCCAGAAACGAUCAGGCACUACAACUUGUGGAAGCUGGGUUUUAUAAAGGAGAAUAAGUGGCAUUCAGGUGCUAAAAAAUCUCUCUUUUAUAGUCAUAGAAGAGAAGUAGACUUCAACGUUGAUUCUAUUGGUCAUGGGUUUCUGAGGAGAUUUCAGAGUCCGACUAUUUUUCUAAAACUUGCUUGUGAUGGUGGCCUGUUAUUGCCUAUAAUUGUAGGAGAAUUUGCUAUUAUUAGGCUCAUUGAUUCUAUUGCUGGUGAAGAACAUGAGGAAUGCCCAAAUCUGCUUCAAUUUGUCAAAAAUAUUGUGAUAAAAUUCGGCUAUGAGGUAAAGAUGGUGCGUCUUACAGACAGGGUGGUCAACACAUACUAUGCACGUGUAUAUCUCAGAAAGGCUGCAGAUAAUACCAAUAUAAGUAUCGACGCCCGUCCUUCAGAUGCAUUAAAUGUGGCAGAAAAAUUCAAGGCUCCAAUUUAUGUUAACAAAGAAAUUGUUGUGAAGGAUGCUAUUAAAGUCGUUUAUGGAAAUUGGAGAUCAGGAAGUACAAGGACGGUUUAUGAUGUAUCUCUUGACAGCGCGCCAGAAGAACCAGACCCGCUUAUUGAGGAGCUUGAUUUGGUUCUAAAGCUGAAUAAGGCAGUACUAGAGGAGAAAUUUGAAGAUGCAGUUUUGUGGAGGGACAAACUCUCGAAGUUACGGAUGUCCAAACAGGAGUGAGUUGUAGAUAUUAUGCAAUUGAGGUUUCAAUAUUUGAGGAUCAGGCAUCAGGUAAAUAAAUUAUUAAUUUAUACACGAGAAUUAUCUUUUUUUUGGGCAAAGGUGUAAAUUAUUGGGUUU